GGUGCUCAAGAAAGCUUACAUAGAGGAGAAGAGUAAUGAUGGAUUGCCUGACUCCGUGGCCGCGAGACUGGCUUGGGAGAAUCACAAGAAACGAAACCAAUCAAUCAUUGUCGAAUUAUUGCAGGUUUGAUUCAAAGACCGUUAUAUAUCGGAAGAAGUUAUUUCGCUGACCUGAGAGUGACAUUUCGUCAAAACUUUUUUCUUCAAGAUUGGAUUAGAAACAAACUUGGAGUAGGGUUAGGUUAGGAUUAGGCUUGGAAUAGGGUUAGUGUUAGUAAAACCGUUGCUUUGUUACGCUUUGUCACUCUGAGGCCAGCGAAAUAACCUCUUCCGUGUAUAUCAGUGAACAUGAAACAUAGUGCAACAAUACAAAGAGAGAUGUGGUAAAAGUGUAAUCCUGUACCGUAUAUUUAUCAAGUCUAAAUCCUUUUCGAGUCUCUGUUUUUGUUUUAUAUCAGUUUUUCUGUGUGUUUUCUGUGUUCUUCAAUUAAAAAAUUUUUAAAUUCCCCAAUUGUUCGUAAAUGUAUAAAUUUUGCUUUUGAUGGCCACUUGUUUCGAUUAGCCCCUAUCAUACCUAUAUGUUAAUGUACCCUAAUAUAAUUAUUCAUGUAUUUUGAUUUUUUCUGUGUUGGUGUAAUGUACUCAGGUGAGUAUGAUGCUUGUGAUGUUACUCUGAGUCUAUAUCCACACCGGGCAAGCUUGAAAAAUAUGCCUGUCCAUGGUGGGAAUCGAACCUACGACCUUUGGAAUACUAGCCCAAUGCUCUGCCAACUGAUCGUAGGUUCGUAGGUUCGAUUCCCACCAUGGACAGGCACAUUUUUCAAGCUUGCCCGGUGUGGAUAUAUCACACGUGAGUAACAUCACAAGCAUCAUAUUCAUGCAUUUGUAAUUUCAUACUGCUCAAUAAAUUUCUUCUUCCAUUUGAAGGUAACUAUUCUUUGUUAUAUUUAUAUAGGGUCAGUUUAAAUCGACUCUAACCUGUUCAGUUUGCAAUAAACAAAGUGUGACUUUUGAUGCCUUCAUGUCCCUGACGCUGCCCAUUCCAACCAACGCAUCCUGUCAAAUCGAGGUAACAAAUAUUACAUUUAAUAUCGAGCUUUACUAUAAUUUCAGUGUCGAAAAAUGGCCUUUGAGCAUUCUGAUUGGCUCCCUCAGCAGUAACUCUGAGGCAAUAAUUGCUACUCUGACUGCUCUGAACAGUAACUAUUGCUUUUCCCAAAAAAAUGGCUGAAAAUCAGACGGAAGUAAAUUAUGUUUGCAAAUUAUAUUCAUAAAAUAAACACGUGUAUUAGUUGUAUUUAUAAAUAAAACUUUUCAACACUGAAAUUAUGCUAAAUUUAUCAUUUAUUUAUCAAUCUAGUAACAAGAACGAAAUUAUCUAUACCAAUUACAACUAAUCCUCACCCUUGUGCAAUAAGUUACUCUGUCGAGUGUCGAGUUGUUCUUUUUACAGCGUCAUAAUUAAAAACAAAGUAAUUAGAUAAAAACUGGGGACCCUUUUAUGCACAUUUUAAUUAACUAAGAUGUAUAAUACUUUUUGUUUGUGGAAACACCACGUAAAUUUAUUACUGCAAAGCUUUCGAUCCGUAAGCCCAGAUCUUCAUCAGUGCUAAUAUGUCAACAACUGGUGAAGAUCCGGGCUUACGGAUCGAAAGCUUUGCAGUAAUAAAUUUGAACUUACGUGUAUAUGGUGUAGCAUGCUGUCAUAGUUCUAGAUAGUUCAAGGAUAUCUCAGCUGACCCACCAAUCAAAUUGUGCAAAAAGCACUAUCCUCCCGAGUAUAUGCUAAUUCGUCUUAUCGUGACGAUCGGCCCACUUCUAAUACUAUAUUCUAUUUCCACGUAUCUAGGAUUGUAUUCGGUUGUUUACAACAAGGGAGAAAGUGAGUAGAGACAACAAGUGGUUUUGUCCAAGAUGUAAGCAGCAUCGCGAGGCGUGGAAAACAAUGGAAAUCUGGAAACUACCGCCAAUACUCAUUGUACAUUUCAACAGAUUUAAACGGUAAGAUAUUUCGUUCAAAUAAAUCUACAUGUAGCUAACUAUUGUCCAUCAAGAUUUGAUGGUCUGCAGGGGCCGGUUGUACGAAGGCCGGAUAGCGCUAUCCACCGGAUAGUGAUUUUUUCGAGCUUUGUUAAAUCAGUCGUUGAUUGGUAUAACUCGUAUUAAAGUUUAGUAUUUAUAAGUUAAAUGUUUUUAUACUUCUUGUGUCGUCUAUAUCCGUAGUUUCACAGUUUUUCAAGCAUUUUUACAAAGGUUGAAAAAAUCACUAUCCGGUGGAUAACGCUAUCCGGCCUUCGUACAACCGGCCCUAGGACACUAAAUAGAAGUCAUUGUGGUAUGUUUUUGUCGGAGUUUAUGCUAAUUUCUGCACGGUCACGGUGAUUGAGCUCUUUGUAUGUUGGUCUAAUGAAGUAAUUGUCCAAUAUAGGGUUAAUGCACAAAAAGGAUUUGUGCACGGUCAGGUACAGUUCAACAUCAAACAAAGGUCUUGUAUUUUGUGACUUUGAUGUUUACCGGGAUUCCGGACCACCAUAUUUUGACAGACUAUGAGCUAACUGUACAUGGUUUUGCUGGAUCUGUUUUUGCAGAUAUCAUUGAGCAUACGGAAACAGCUGCGGUCUGGGACGGCAUGGGUAGGGUGGAACUUGGAUUCAGAGGGCGAAGGCCCCGAAAACUUGACGAAUUUCGCCUUUACAUGCCUUUAGGACAGCUCAAAACUGCGUUAAUAUGUAGUCUAAUGACGUUUACGAUGGCGGAAGCGUCGUUCUUCUUGUGUUGCGAAACGUUAUUUCCACGUCACAAAUAAUUAACUCAACUUCAAUUUUACAGCACUGAGACUUUUGAUAGACCCAUUUGGCUAACGUUGUUUACAUCGUUGCUACCCACAACUUUAGAUAACUCACAUGCCUAGUUACUAUUGUUCUAGUUUACAGAAGCAUAAAGUAGAACUAAGGUAACUAGGCAUUAGAAUUUAUGUAUGAGAGUUAUUCACUGCAUGUAUAGAUAAUUCUAAUGUUUAAUUAUCUUUGUUUUAUUCUAUGUUUCUGUAAACUAGAACAGUAGCAACUAGGCAUGUGAGUUAUCUAAAGUCGUGAAUUGGGUAUAAACAAACGUUAGCCAAAUUUCUGUAUGAGAUGAUUGAUUUUCAAAACUCAAUUCAAGACUGUAAAACCUAAAAACCCAGGACAGGAAACCUUUUUUUGGGCUUAGGCCAAAAAAAAUGUGGGUUUCCGGUUUCUUCUUAUAAAAACUUAGGUAGGGUAGGUCGGUUUUAACUUUUUUUUAAACUUUUUUUUAAUUUUCCGAACAAGCGGACGCCAUUUUGUUUAGUUAGUGCUUCCACAUCCAAAGAUAAAUUUCCCUAAUAUUGCCUCAAAUUUCAAUUCUCCACAAACUUUUUCCUCUAAGUGGAAACACUUACAACCAUGAUCCAAUAAAAAAGUUUAAGGUCGGGAUUUCGACGUCCAAAAGCUAGGUAGGGUCGGCACAUAUUUUUUUUUUGGCCUAAAUUCAAGGAAUAAUGUCUGUCAACCAUCCAUUGUUGCGCCCAUAGUGAGACAUGGCUGUUAAGGUUUCCUUCACACUUUCAAUUGCAAAUCUUCAUUCAAACGAAUUUCCUGCACCUGUUUAACAUUCCCUGCGAGCAGUGCUUGCGUGCUCGCCCAUUUUUUCCACCGCUCAUGGUAAAACCCCUGUGUAUAAAUUAGAAAAUAAAUUUAAGCUUAAACAAAGUAAUUUUGAGAGGUACGCCCCAAAAUUAUUUGAUUUUUGAACGCUUUUCAUCGCAAAUCAUCAUCCCAUCUUGGACUUUCUUAUUUUGCAGAGAUUUUGACGGAUCUUGGUUGGAGAAACGGCAAACAAAUGUCCAUUUUCCAAGUACAAAUCUGGACCUCUCGAAGUUUGUUUUGGGGCCAAACAAGUCAUUGCGUUACAAUCUGUAUGGAGUGUCUAAUCACUACGGUUCAAUGCAGAGUGGCCACUACACGGCAUUCUGUAAGAGCACCUACGAUCGCAAGUGGUAUAAGUUUGAUGAUAGUGACGUCACGUCCAUGUCGGAAUCAAGCGUAAAGGUAGAGUAUUGACACAGAAUAAAGAUCCACACAGAAGGGCCACUUACGUCGGAAGCUUUGAAGUUUCUCUGCCGCUGACCGCCAUCUUCCUAGCCAGUCGAUUACAUUUUCUGGCCAAUAAACGCGCUGUAUUGGCUGAAUGCCUUCUGGCCAGUAAACUGCAUAUUUUUGCAUAAAGAAACGAGACACGUUGCACCGCUGAGUGGCCCUUCUGGUACUGAUCUUUAUUCUGUGGUAUUGAUUUAUAUAUUAUAAAAAUGUAACUUGUUACCAUCACAAUGUUACUUCACGAUUUUUGUGUCCCAAAAAAAAGCUGGACACUGUUUAAUUUCAUGUAACGUAAAAGCUAUAUCGCAAUGAAAUCAAGAUCAUUGCAUUCAGGAAGGAAUAACUUAGAUUUUGAUAUAUAGCACUUGAAUUUACAUGCAAUAUUGACCGCGCUAUUGAUGUUUGAACGAUGAACUACUGUUUUUGAAAAUGCCAAAAAUUAACUUAAAAUUAAAUUACUGAGUAUAUUUUUUAUAUUCCUUUUUAGUCGUCAGCAGCGUACAUUCUUUGCUACACAUCCAUGGAGUUUAUCCGACCAUGAAUUUGUAUUUAUCAUGCGUUGCUUGUCACUGGAAUACUUGCAUCUGCUGUCAAAGAGUAUAUGCUUUAUUUUUAGCAACUGGACUGAUGUACAUAUAUAUGUAUAGAUAUAGGAACUGAUAUAUAUUUAGUAUUUUUUGAGGGAGACAUGAUCUGUAGUUGUAUGCUGUCCACCAUGGGCGCGGUUGUUCGAAAGUCGGGUUAGCUUAUCCCUAGGUUAACCUAUAAAAUUCGAAGCAAACUUCCUGACAAGUUGUCUAUAAGUUUGGAAAUGUUUCUUCAGAAAUUUUGUCUGGAUAGAUUGGAGUUGACUUAUCUGAAGUUUUGAAAUAAACAGAUGUGCAGAAAUACACAACACAAAACAGUUUGUUAAACUUUUAAUCGAGGGUUAGCGCUAGCCCACCUUUGAACAACUGGACCCAGGGGUGUAGAAGGGGGGGGGUUCAGGGGCUGAACUCCCUUGUUAAAAAUUUCAUGUCGAUAGGGGGAUGGGGGUGACCUCGAAAUAUUUUUGCAGAUUGUAUGAUCAUAACCUCAUGGUUUUAGUCAGGGACGCUGGAACGAUGUGAGGCAGGGGGGGGGGCAGAUUUUCGUGAAAGGGCACUUUUGAAUUGAUAUAUACUAAGAGAUGUUUGCAAAACAUCGGGAGUUGAACUUCGCCUAAUCAUGUUUUCUAUUUAUUGGAUGAUAGGGGUGUGAGGGGGUUCUCCGCCAGGCGAUUGUGCUAUUUUUGAAGCUCGAUGACUGCAUUUCUUGCGUUUUCUGAAGCAAAUGCACUAACAUUUCUGACAAUUUGGUAUUUCGCCAAGGCAAUCCUUUAAAUUGAAAGGGCACCUUUGCCCCCCUUGCCCCUCCUAGUAAAGGGCAACGGAGGAGGCUGCCCCCCCCCCCCCAGUUCCGACGUCCCUGGUUUUAGUAAUCUGGAGCUGGUUGUUCAAAGUAGGCUUGGCCCUAACCCUGGGUGAAAAUUACUUAACUUGCUGUCGCAGUUUAUAUAUUUCUGCACAUCUUUUUGUUUCUAAACUUCAGAGAAGAAAUAUCUAACUGAUGCAGUAUAUCUCAUUUGAUAGAACUUUCAAAAUUAUAUAUAAACCCUUUCAUCAAGUUUUCAUAUCUGCUUAUAGUUUUUCAAAUAUUUUGACUGAAAACAAUGAGCUGUCCGCCGUCUUGGAUUAACUUUUUAUCGCAUUAACGGCAUAUAAAUUCUUAAAACGUUCUCAGACAAAUGGUUGUGUGGAAUAUAGUGACCGAAGUAUAAUUUUGAGCCCAUAAGGACCAUGGCAUAUCUGCAUGGGUAAAAAUAUUUGCGUGACCCUUAAUCCAAAAUGGUGGACAGCUCGCUGAUUUAUGAUGAUUUUGGUCAAAAUAUUUCGAGAACUUAUAAAAGGUGUAACAAAGUUUUUAAUAUAAUUUUAAAAGCUCUGUCGAAGGAGACAAACUAAAUUGUUAUUGCCGUAUCCCUUUAAUUAAGUAGAAUUUAUAGUUUAUCAUUAACAAAAAUGAGAAAUGGCUUAUUCUCAUGAGUCAUGGUGUUGUCGAGAAAGCGGCGACAGGUUAUGCAGUUCUCAAAGAUUAUAAACUUCUUGGCUAAGAUUACUCAAAGUGUUAAAAAUUUUAACAUAGAUCUUUUAGCCGGUAAUGAAAAUAAUUAUGUAGCUACUGUAAAAUACGAUAAAGAAUACAAUUCUUUUAGACAGAAUA